AUGUGGGUGGGCGUGAUACUCCUGGUGGCUGUGGUGGAGGCGCGCUCGAACUUUGAGUACGACAACUAUUACCACCAGGCACCUGAUGAGAACGCUGGACGUGACCUGUACGAGUUCUAUGGUGAGAUGCACACGGAAGUGACGCCGAUGAUAGAUACCACCUCUAACAGAUUCACAAGGAUCCGAAGAUUCGGAGAACGCAUCUCGAGUAUCUCGAGUAGUACCCCUGUAGACUUACGGUACAUCAAAGGUGCUUUGAAGGAGAUCCUUGCUGGACAUGACCUAGACGGUGUGAACGACGAGCCAGCGGACAUAAUAGAAUUAAAUGAAGACGACGAGUUGACUACCACACAAACGAACAUGCUGACAUCUACACUUUCAACAGAGACAUACACAUUUCCUGCAUUAGAAUUGGACGACUAUAGAAGACACGUAAAUAUAAUUUAA